CGGACCCUGAUGUAAAACCCUCCAACCUGUCGUCCCGCCGCUGACGACGGAGAUUCACCGUCAGCUCAAAGAGGAGACAGCUCAACUCGCUUAUUUGUGGGUUUUUAUCAGCUUGUGGACGAAAUGAGGGCGUCUCUCCUGAUUCUCUCGUUAGUUUUAUGUGGCUGCUUGGUCAGAGGGGCUCCAACUGAUGUCACAGCCAACUCCAAAGACGUCCAAAGCACACCAGGUCAAACAAAAAGCAAUGAUGCUCCAUCAGCUGGAUCCAGUAUGGCCGAAGAGAAGCAGAAUUCAACUGAGAGUAAAGGUGCAGGUGCACCAGACACCACUGACAAAAAGUCUGCUGGAGCAACUGGCAGUAAAGUGACAGGAAGGACAGAAGCUCAAGACCAGUUGGCAAAACAACUGAAUAAGACGGCAACAGAAAGCAUCAACAAGAUGAACACAGAGACACAAGUUGCGAAGGAGGAAAAGCCAGCCACAGAGGAUGCCAAGAACAAGACAGCCACAAACAGUACAGGGGGUGACGGCAAGCACACAACAGAUAAAGAGGAGGCCAAGAACAAGAAAGGCACAGGUGUCACCAAGGAUGAGACAAGCACAGGAAACGGCAAGAACAAGACCGCCCUAGAGGGAAACAAGGGCACGGAGGACACAGGGGUUGAAAAGGCCAAGAUGGUCCCAGGGGAUGGCAAAGACACGACGGGCACAGGGGGUGGCAAGGACAAGACAGGCAAGGACAAGACAGGCACAACCAAGGACAAGACUAGUACAGAGGCAAAUAAGGACACUACAGGAACAGGGGGGGCCAAGAACAAGACAGACACAACCAAGGACAAGACUAGUACAGAGACAAAUAAGGACAAGACAGGCUCAGGCGAUGCCAAUAAGGAAGUGAAAGGUGCGGAGGAUACCAGUAAGGAGAAGACAAAUGCAAAGGACACCAGUAAGGCCAUGGCAGGAGGACAGGCCAAACCAGGACAUACAGAUGAUCCAACUGAGCAACGAGAAGAGGAAGAAGAAGAAGGGGAAGAAACAGCAGGAGAAGCCUUAAAUAAAAAGCAGAAUGUAGAAGAAAUAAAUAACAGAAAAACAGGGGACAGAAACAAUUUUGACCCAUCUGGGAUGAGGGAUGGGGAGGAAAGCAGCCAUUUCUUCGCCUACCUUGUUACCACGGCUGUGUUGGUGGCGGUACUUUACAUCACAUACCACAACAAGCGAAAGAUAAUUGCCUUUGUUUUGGAGGGGAAGAGAUCCAGAUCUGCACGACGACCCAAAUCCGCAGAUUACCAGAAGCUUGACCAACACAUGUGAUCCGGAUUUUUUCUCUCAAAGCCAUUGCAGUUCAUGCAGCUGAAAACAUUACUGCUGAUACCAGAAGAAGGCGAAUGCAUACUGACUUAGAUAUUUCCCUGGGGUAGUUUGUGUGGAUAUCACCUUGUGUUUGAAACUCCUACCUUUGAUGCUUUUUGUAUGACUAUGCAGAUGACACCAUUGCCUUAUUGAGAGAUUUAGAGCAGUGGUUCUCAACUGGUCUAGUAACGGGACCCACAGACCUCUUUUAAAUGUAAAAUAGUGACUUGAAUUUCUGAAGAUUUACAACCUCUCUGAUUUAUUUAAUGGAAAUUGUUGCAGUUUGAACCUUGGAUAGAACAAAACGUGACUGAAAGAGAACAGUUCAUCCUUUCAGAGGCCCUAGGAGAACAGUUUUAUACAGAUUUCAAAAAAUAAACAUGAUUUAGAAUAGAUGUCAUUAAACAAACCAAAGUUUACUCUUGGUUAGAUGGAGCAAAAUAACAAAUAUGGAUGUAUGUCCACUAAUGACUUCUGUACAUCAUAGUCUUUUUGCCUAAAUGUUUUUUCCCCAUGCACACAUUCAUGACCCAUUAAAAACCACCCCAUCACCCACAUUUGGGCCCCAACCCACCAGUUGAGAACCACGGAUUCAGAGAAAUGCUGUGGUGGUUUUCAAGCAUGCUGAUUUUGCACUUGUGUCUUUUCCGCUUUGAAGGCAAUCUUGACCUGGCUAGGGUUCUGACUCAGGAUAUUUCAGUAGCAGAUGAGAAUAUUAGCUUUGUGGACGCCACACUUUUUGUCCACUACAUCAGUGAUAUCACUGUGUACCUGAAUAAGCCAUCUGAAUCUUUUUAAAUACUGACAGUGUAUAAUUCUUUCAGGUUGUUAAAAAUUACUUUAACAAAGUUUAUCAUGAGUACCUUUAGAUGUAUGAAAGUUUCAGAAUGGGAUCUCUGCUCGCAUUUGUAAGGUGUCGGCAAAAUGAAUGUAAAAGCAACCUUAAAUUUUCAUGUGACAGGUUAGCACAAUGCUCACCCACUUUAACUUGUAAUCUGGUCAGGAAUAAAGGCUGUGCUUUUUUUGGAGUUGGAUGAGAAGAUCAAAAGGAAUAGGAUAUAACACCAUAUCAAUCUUGUAAAUACAAAAUUAAUCAGUUAUUGUAACCCCAGCAUAUCUUCUUGAGAUUAACAGCUACACUGACUAUGUCCAAAGUAGGGAUGCAUGAUAUUGGAUUUUUUGCCGAUAUGCUAAUAUUUAAAAAUCAAUUUUAGCUAAGACAGAUAUUGAAAUUUAACGCUCUGAGACCGGUGUUGAUAUACAAGACACCAAGAGAGGUGUUAUUCAAAGUUAAAUAAUUUUUGAACCAUAGAUCAGAGCCACUUGUUUAUUCACCUGAAAGCCCUCUGCUGUGCCGUUCUGAUGAUGCUAUCCACACCUUCGUAGCUCUUAUAGAACGUUUUCUAGCGAGGCUGAAACUUGGGUUACUUUCUGGGGUCUUUAGAGAUUACAGACACACCAGUAACUCUGAUAGUGAAUGUCUUUUAUCCAUUUAUAAUUCAUUUUUCUAACAUUCCUGUAGCUGGCAGGUUUGCCCGCUUGUCUGUUUGUUUUCCAGAAUGUAUGAUGACUGGGCUGUGACAACCAAUGGCAGGCUGUUCCGUCGUCACAUCACAUUUUGCCGGACAGUGCACAUUCACAGACUAAGAAACUGUAGAAGCAAGCCUGAAUGACUCAUAAUGGCGAAAAAGGGACAAGGAGGAUAUUUUUAAACUUUUUUGUUCCCAAAGAAAUGGUAGAGCAAGUUGUUGCAAAAAAAAAAACCUUAGUCAUUAAUGUUUACUGUGUUUAACAUAAAAAUCUUUGAUUUCUAAUUUCUGAUUUGUUUUUUUCUUUUGUCUUUACAGUUCCGUAGCUUCUUUUAAAUGCAAGUGGCAUUGCUGCAGCACAAAUAUUCUUAAAGCCCAGGUUGUCCUGACAAAAGGCUGUUUAGAGCUUGAUUGGCACCACAGGGUUGAUGUUUUAUAUGCUUUUUAAGACAAAACGUCCAGGCAAGACACAGUGGUUAAAAAAUAGCAUAGGGCUCAGAGGGUUGAAUGUAGUUCAAAUCUAAAACUUCAGUCCUUAAAAUACAAUUUAAAGUUCUUAGAUGAACAUAUUUAUACAAUUCAGACCUUAAAACAUAAUUUUGAAGUACAAGGAAUGAUGAUGAAUAAAGAAAAAGACAUCAGCUGGGUCUGUUGGUCCAGCCUGAAAAUCCACUGACUUUGUUUUAUAGCGGCCAAUAGUUAUAGCUGAUUUGGUUGAUUUUUACAGCCUAAAUAUUGGCAGAAAUUUUCAGAUCUGCAGAUAAUAUUGUGCAUCCCUGGCCCAAGGCAACAAAAUCAGGCUUCUACUCGCUCUACAGUGCACACAUUCUGUCUCUUAACUCUUACUUCCACAAAAAGUGACAUGUUUGGGUUGAAACCUUUUUGACCUCCUUUGAAAAGAGCAUUUUGCUAAGGCGUAUUCACUGACUGAGGACUGCAGCUUCAUAUUUAGCACACAGGAAAGACCAUCUUCUCAUCCAACUCUUGGCAACCACCAAGACUCCAGAUAUGUUGAAGAAGUCCUUUGAAAAUAUAACAAACUGACAUGUAAAGCCUCUUUAUUUAUCCACACUGUUAGUGAAUGGAAAACUAUCAGUGUGGUUAGACUGGUGUUAUAUUGGCUCAGUCUUUAAUCUAUUUAUAUGUGAACUGACAGGCUGAUUACAGUAUGACUGCCCCACACCUCUGUUACUUUUUCUGUCUUAUAGAUGAACAUUUCCAGUCUGUGCCACUUGUAGCUCUGACAGUGAUCUAAAAUGUUUCAGGUUUAAUUCUAAGAAGUGUUUGGUAGGAGGACAUUGACCCACAGCUGCAUUGUUGACUGAUGGGAGUGCACUAUAAAUGGAACAUGUCUUUAUGGGAUUGGUUUACCACUAUAACAGUUUAGAUCUCUCCGGUUGUAGAUGUGUCUUUGUUUAGAAAUAAUGUGCCAAAUUGUGUACAUUUUAACUGUGAGUUAAUGUGUGAUUCUUUUGUGCCUGUUUGCUUAUUUAAGAAUAUGUUAAAAUUGGCAGAAAAAAAAGUUCAAAUUAUGUCCUACAGUCUUAUUUGUACUGUCAAGUCAUUUUAAGAAAUAAUUUUUAUAUUCAGAUUCGUUUACAACACAUUGACAUCUUUGUGCGUGACAAAAACAGCAAAAUUCACUUGAAAUUAUAUGUAAUUCCAAAAUAAAGACCUGCUAAAACUGGAAUGAAAUGAGCAUGCGUUUUCAAAGUGGCUCAAAGAUUUUGGUUGGAAUGGCUGCCCGUUCUGUUGUCUCUCUAAUUGCACAAGUGUGUGAGUUAAGCCAAUGUUGAUGAGAAUUGAUUAAAAAAUAAAAGACUUUUG